CGAUAUUUCAGACCUCAGGACACGAAGUUCCAUAAGAUAUCCAGUCUAUCCUGUUUCUCAUCGGUGCUAUAAUAAUUUAAUACCAGUAUAGUAAAUGUUAUAAUUCAUGUAUCUUCUGGUAUUAUGAACCAGAAUGUAGUUGUAUUAAACGAAAUAAACAAACUACAUGAAGUGAGAAAAUGUAAUUCAAAAUUCUCGUACAACGUUUACAACAUGUAACUUAAAUCACUAUGACACCGAAUCUACUUCUGUAAACUUAAUUACCAAUCGGAUUCAAACGCAAAUGCUUACGCCAAUGACGCAAGUUUGUUAACUCUGAAACGCACUUGUCAUUCACAAUCAAAAAUGGUUGAUGUCAACGUUACGUUCGGUUUUGAACUUCUGCAUUCUUUAUACGGCAGCCAAGUAUUAAAAAAAGAAGAUGUUUUAAUUUUGUUUGUACACUGGUAUCUCGUAAAAAAUUCGUUCAGAUGUCUCGGCUUCGGUGAUUCAAAGGCAUAUAAUGCAUCUGAAAAGGGAACAGAAUUACUUCCAGAAGGGUGGAACACGCAUCCCAAUUAUGCUUUACGUUAUAUAAAAGAUGGAAAUUUGUAUAUACUUCAUGGCGUAAAAUCCGAUGAAGAUUUACUUCUGAAUUUAUUGCGGACUGAUAACCAAGGUGUAUCAAAUAUCCAAUUUCCAAUUAAUCAAACUGUAACUGAUCUUCAUGAUUCACUAGAAUCUUUAAUACCAUCACAUCAAACUGUUAUGCAAGUUAUUCAGACUGAUCUUAUCAAUCCAGUAUCUUCUGGUAAUACAACAGAAACAGCUACACAGACGUCAACAGAAAAUAGAGAAAAUGUUUCUGUACCAAUUCCAGAUCCUUUAAGGAUAGAACACCCAACACGUAGCACACAGUCACAGGAACGAAAUCCUUUGGCUGAUCCACGAAACGUAGGUCGUUCAGAUCUAGAUCCUUUUGCACAUGGCGGUGGUAUGAUCUUCGAUCCACUUGGGCCUUUACGCAACCCCAUUAAUCCAUAUAGACCAGGACUAGGAGUUCCAGGAAGAUUACCUCCGGGUGCAGUACCACCUCAUGCAAGAUUUGAUCCUUUUGGGCCACCAGAUGUAAAUCAACCGAGACCAUUUCCACGUAAUCCGGACAACGACCACUUACUUCCCUCAGAUUACGAUGAUAUGUAUAUGUAAAAACGAAUAAAGCAUAAAAAAGUUUAUAUUAAUUAGAA